GGGCGGCGCGAGCGGCCCGCUGCUCGGCCCGAGCUGAGGCGGGGGGCUUCGCGGCCGUCCGUCCGCGGCAUGAGCGCUGCCGGCGCCCCGCGAACACCGUCCGGGCUGGGGCUGUGAGGGCCGCGGUUCCGGACUGAAGUUGAGACGUCUCUCCGGACGCGCCGCCGGCUUCCAUGGAGCUAGAGGGGCAGUGGUGGCGAGGACAACUGGCUGCGGAUAUUCACCAGGCGCUUCGGUACAAGGAGCUGAAGUUGCCUUCUUACAAGGGCCAAUCCCCUCAACUGAGUCUCAGGCGAUAUUUUGCUGAUUUGAUUGCCAUCGUGAGCAAUCGCUUCACUCUCUGCCCUUCUGCCCGACAUCUCGCUGUCUACCUGCUGGACCUGUUCAUGGACCGCUAUGACAUCUCUAUUCAGCAGCUGCACUUAGUUGCGCUUUCCUGUCUGCUUCUAGCAAGUAAAUUUGAAGAGAAAGAAGACAGUGUGCCCAAGCUGGAGCAGCUCAACAGCCUGGGCUGUAUGACUAACAUGAAUCUAGUGCUAACAAAGCAGAAUUUGCUGCAUAUGGAACUGUUACUGUUAGAGACCUUUCAGUGGAACCUCUGCCUUCCCACAGCUGCCCAUUUCAUUGAGUAUUACCUCUCUGAAGCAGUACAUGAGACAGACCUGCAUGACGGCUGGCCAAUGGUUUGUUUGGAAAAGACUAAACUCUACAUGGCCAAAUAUGCAGAUUACUUCUUGGAAGUAUCUCUGCAAGAUUAUGCCUUUCUAAAUUAUGCACCUUCUUUAGUAGCUGCUGCAUGUGUGGCUUCUUCAAGGAUUAUCCUUCGUCUUUCUCCAACAUGGCCUACGAGACUGCAUCGUCUUACUGCUUACUCCUGGGAUUUCUUAGUGCAGUGUAUUGAACGACUAUUAGUUGCUCAUGACAAUGAUGUGAAAGAAGCGAACAAGCAGAGGGGACAGUCAGCUCCUCAGUCCGCACAGCUAGGUGUGCUCCAGACAGCUCAGCCCUCACGGCCAGCUCACUUCCAGCAACCUCAGUAUCUUCAUCAGACCUCGAUGCAGUAUCGACACCCCGUGUCAGAACAGCCAAGUCGUCCGCAGAUUGCGUCUACCACACACACCUCAUCUUACACUCUUCAGACUUGUCCUACAGGCUUCCAAACUAGUGUUCAGGGCCUUGGCCACAUGCAGACUGGUGUUGGGACGUCCCUGGCAAUACCAGUGGAAGUUAAACCCUGUCUUAAUGUUUCUUAUAACCGGAGUUACCAGAUAAAUGAACAUUUCCCAUGUAUUACUCCAUGCUUUGAGAGGUGAUGACAUACAUAUUGUAGGUCAAAACUGACCCAGACUGUUCUGAGAUGGAUAGCUCUGGGGCAAGCUUUUUGUACUCUUCAAAAAGAAAGGAAACAAAUCGUAUCAGAAUGCAGCAGCAGGCACCAGCGCCAGGAGACUGAAUAUCUCUUUCAGUACCUUGAAUAUCUAGGAGGACGCGGCAGAUACUAACGUGUGUCAAUCCCUGUGACAGAAAUGUUCCAGCCCUUGGCAGAUGGUCCAGAUAUUUCAAAAUGCUCAAUAUAGCCGACAAUUUGCCAUUCUGAGAUUUGAGCUGUGGCAGCCUUUGGGUAUUAUGCUGGCACAUACAUCAAAGACUUAAACUGUUUAUCUGUGGACUUGCCAAACCAUCUUUUAUGAAGGAAAGUUAACAGUAUUAUUUUUGAAGAAUUGUUUUAAUCUUUCAGCUCAGAGUCUUUCUGACCUACUGGUGGGUUUCUGAGUUCAAAUUUACCAGUUGCUAAGUAUACUAAUCUGUUCAGUUAAAAAAAAACACAGUUGAUUUUAUAUAACUUCCUAUCAUAAAUAAUAUAUGUGUCUGGAUUUAUAUACUAAAUUAGGGGCAAAGCAGAUACAUACCUUGAAAUCAUGAUCAUAAUUUUUGUUUUACUCUGCUAGUUUUUCCCCAUAAGUGAUCAGCCUCGAUCCUUCAGGAUUAAGCACACUUAACUCAGGGAACUUGUAGUACUUGGAAACACUUAGCUAUAACCAACAUGCCUUGGAGUGUUAGAGUGUGAACUACCUGUGUAACAUAGGCUACAAUGCUCCUGCUAGGAUGAGAAUCUUAACGUAGCACAGGAUGAAUGAAGUGGGUCCUGUGGUACUCCUGUGUGGACAGGUUGUGCGUCCCCCAGUGCAAUCAGUGGUUUAUAUCCAGAUUUGUUGUCACUCAAUUUUCAGGAGAAGGCAUACUGUAUAGUAUCUGUGCUAGAGUAGAGUCUGGUAGGAUUAUUCUGGAGUUGAUGGUGGCCAGGGUAGUACUCAGGUUGGGCUAAUGCAGCACUUUGUUAUGGGGAGGGUAGUUCUGUAAGCAACCUUGGAAUCCAGCAAGUCAGGUUAAGCUAGCAGGGGCACUGAUUAAAAUUUCAGUAGCCAUCUUCAUUACAAUGGUUAUACAACUGCCCUAGGACAAUUUAUUGGUAGCGAGUGAAAACAGCAAUAAUAGUCAUUAUAGUAAGGGCAACCUGGCCAUAAAAUAUUGGGAGGGGGGUAAAUUUAAAAAGUAAAAGGAGAACUGAUAAACUGUAUACAUUGUGCUCUUAUCUGUGGAAGAAGAAAGAUUUGGUGGAGGGAAACUUUGUGGUUUAAAAGUAGUAAGAUGUGUCUAUGUUUUUAUAAGGUAGCACUUGACUAGAAAGGAAACUGGCAGAUGUGGCUACCACAGAGUGUUGUUGAGAACUCACUAUAAAGAUGUGGGUAUGCAGCAGAAGUCGUGGUAAUCAACCAAUGGCCUUUAUUGGGAAGGGAAGGGCUCCAGGCAUGAUGGGCUGAUAGAGCAGCUCCAGGGGGGAGUGCAGGUGGUAGCUUCUGCCAGCUGGAAUUCUUAGAGAAAUGUUCCUUCCUUAGAAGGAAACUAACUUUGAUAUUUAGAAUGCAGAGCUCAAAGUGUGGACUUACUAGUCUGGUGAUGAAAGGCCACUCAGGUAAGAACACUCAGUCCAGUUUUCAAGCAGGAAAACGGUGCUAUCACUUUUCCUCUUUAAAAAGGCUGCUAAUUGGAUUUUAUAAUUCUUACCUUAAGAAAACUUGAAUUAUUAGGAGAAAGUAGGUUCAAAAGAUGUGUCUUUCACAUUCACAGUGCCCAGCAACAUGGAAACCAGUUUUCAGUAUUGUAACUACCUCAGUAAUGCUAUGAAUGUAAGCUAUUGGGAUAGAAAUCCUAACUUGAAACAACAGCCAGUGCCUGUGGUAAUUUAAUGUCUUGUCAAAUGCUUUUAUUGGUUGGUUCUGUGUCAUUCUUGUUGUCAGAAUAUUUGCCUUUUUAAAAAGCUUAUUAACACUUUUUCCAGUUUAUAUUUAAAAAGCUAAAGAACACUGGAUUGAUUCUUUUGGGGGUGGGUAGAGUCCAAUAGUUAAUGACUAUUGCUGCAUACCCAGGUGGGGAGGCUGGGGAAUCAUGACUAUUUUAACAACAUUGGAAUGCAUUAUAGAUGUAACUCAACAGCAGUUAGCUUGGGGUUGGGGGGACUGUGUGGGUUUUGUUUUGUUUUGUUUUGUUUUGUUUAAUUUAUUAAUUAGUCUUAAAAGGUUUGUUUUGUUUUGAGAUUACUGGACCAUCAUUAAAUAUGUACUGUGAAAAGGUUAAUGAUGUGUAAAAAGGACUUAACCAGAGUUCCUUAAAUAAACACUAUUCAAGUACAAACUACAAACCAAAAUAUCUGUGCUAUGACUAACUACACACAGUGAAUAUGGUGCUAAGUCUACACAGCAGGAUUAGAUGAGUGCUAUGCACUUGAUUUUAAAUAAAAGUAGUUUUCACUAAA